AGGAGGGGGGGGAGGAGGAAAAAACCAUUAUGUACCAGACAAUUUAUUUGAUGAACUGAAGAAAAAGCUGCCUCGACCUACUCUGAAAACAUCAGCAACAAUAUCCUGUGAUACUCAAGCUAUGCCCAUCCUGACACCACCAGUCACAACCUCCCUGGCUUCUUCGGUACCAAAUGACAGUCCAAUCUCUGCCCAUACCAACCCCUUCGCACUGCUUCCACCGCCUCCCCAAUUCUCCCGCUCCAAGGGCCGGAGAAGGUUCACCAUGAGUGGGGCUUUGAGCAGCUGCAGCCUCCCUGUCUGUGAUAUCCACCACAGAGGAUUAGUGAUUUACUGUCGGACUGACCAAGAAUCGAUCUGUCCUGAAUGUGAGCUCCACGACCAUGCGGGUCACGACACAGUUACUCUCGAAGCUGAAUGGAUGGAAACCAAGGGCCAGCUAAGUGUGUCAGAACAGGAGAUCCAGGAGAUGAUCAAACAGAGAAUCAAGAAGAUCGAGAAGAUCAGACUGUCCGUGGCUGAUCUGGAUCUGGCAAUUGAGCAAGAGACGGCGGGCAGCGUGUGCCUGUUUUCUGAGCUGAUGUCUGCCAUCGAGCGCUCCCAGAGGGAGCUGAUGGAGGUGAUGGAGAUGAGCAGGAGGGCAGCCGAGCAUCAGGCCGACGCCAUGAUACGACAGCUGGAGCUGGAGGUUGAAGAACUGCGGAGGAGAGAAAGCGCCCUGGCCGAGCUCGCCCAAUCUGAUGACUACUUGCACUGUGUCAAGACAUUCCCCAUGCUCUCCAGUCCUCCACCUGCCAAAGACUGGUCUGGGGUGUCGGUGAACUCUGACCUGGGGACAAGGACCAUCUACAGGUCGCUAGCAGCGGUGAUGGAGAGGUUCCAGGAGGAGCUAAAGGUUAUCGCCGAAACAGGUUUUCCUGUCUCAACAUUGGAACCCAGUCCGAUCCGACCACAGCCCAGAAUAAAGAGAAUACAGGAGUAUGCAGUGGAUGUGACUCUGGACUGCAACACUGCCCAUCCCAGACUGAUUCUCUCAGAGGACAUGAAGAGUGUGAGGUGUGGAGAUCGACACCAGCUGGUUCCAGACAAUCCAGAGAGGUUUGACAGAGUCGUCUGUGUUGUUGGGAGGGAGGCUAUCUCCUCUGGGAAACACUACUGGGAGGUGGAUGUGGGCGGGAAGACGGACUGGGAUCUGGGCGUGGCCAGACAGUCAGUCAACAGGAAGGGGAAGAUUGAAGUUACUCCAAGCAACGGAUACUGGUUCCUCAGCCUGAGAGACAACAACGGGCAGCUGUUUUCAACAGAUAAAAGCUCAGGGUUCCUGCAGUCAUGGAAAAUCUGGAAAAGGAACAAGUACGCCUUUCGCUCUGAGCCGUGCACUGACGUCCAGCUGAGCCUCAGACCCCAGAGGAUUGGGAUAUUUGUGGACUAUGAGAAAGGACAGGUGUCUUUCUACGACGUCGAUGCCAAAGUCCACAUCUACACGUUCAACGACACUUUCACUGAGUGCAUCUUCCCGUUCUUCAGCCCCUGUACUAAUAAAUCUGGGAAGAAUGACGGGCCGCUGAUUAUCGCGCCAGUCAACAUUACAUAGUGACAGACCGACCGGGAGCGUCUCUAGGAUUUGAGGAUAUUGGGGGCUCAGCCCAGACCUCUGACGUGGGGGCAGGAUUUUAUUUUUAUUUUUUAAUAAACAAGCUCUAUUUUUUUAAUGCACCUUAUUUACACUAAAAGUACAUGUCUUGAUCAAAAAAAGUAAUGUGUGCCUAAAAAACAGUUGUUUAUUUUUCCAGGUUAAAGGGGACCUUUAAUGCUUUUCCUUUUUUCUGUCAUUAUAAACUUUUAUUGGUGAGUUUUUACAGAAAGAUACGAAGUUUUGUCUUUAAAUGUCUUCUUCUUCUUUUUGAUAUGUAUGCACUUAGUUGCCUUGUAAAAAAAAAAGUCUCCUGGUUAUACAUUUUUUAUAUAAAUAUCUAUUUUUGGCCUGUUAAACUUCCUGUUGUCCUCUGACUUUGUAAAGUUAAUAAUGCCAAUUAGACAUUUGAGUUUUGUGUUGUAAAUGAUUUGCUGAUCAUUUGUUAAAUAAACAUUUUCUGAUACGAA